GUUCUGGAGAAGUGUGACGCGAGAGGCGGAGCCCGCCAGUAUAAGACGCUCCGCCGACGCGGCGCUCCGCUUACUUGCUACCAAGUUGGGAAGCGCGCUCUGCUGUUUGUUGGCUCGACGGCCCUUGGGGACGAGGAAGUCGUUGGACGGGACAGAUACGCAAAAUGGGGGUCGACGGUGGUAUGAAAUGCGUUAAAUUCCUGGUUUUUUUCUUCAACUUCAUUUUCUGGCUCUGCGGCAUUGCUCUGAUUGCCUUGGGCAUUUAUGUACAGAUUGAACUCAAACACACUCUGGUGAUGACCAGCGCCUCUGCUUCGGGCCCUCCCAUUGUCAUCCUGGCUGUUGGAGUUAUAGUCUUCUUCAUCUCCUUCUUUGGCUGCUGCGGAGCAUUAAAAGAGAACUACUGCAUGGUCACCACGUUUGCUGUGCUGCUGACACUGAUCUUCCUGGUGGAGAUUGCAGCUGCCAUUGCUGGCUACAUCUACAAAGAUGAGAUCAAAGCAGUGAUUGACAAAGAAAUCCGGGCAGAAAUAGCAGUCUACAAAAACGAUGGAAAGGUUGCCAAGGUGUUGGAUGACUUGCAGGAGAAGUAUAGCUGUUGUGGAGCCUUCAAUUACACGGAUUGGUUUAAUGGAACGACGUCCUCAAAUAUACCUCCAUCAUGCUGCAAACGCAAUGACACCGAUUGCCGAAACAAUCCAACCGUGGACAGAAUCAACCAGGAGGGCUGUGUGGUAAAAAUAGAAGCCUGGUUGAGAAAACACAUCAUAAUUGUAGCUGGAGUGGCAUUGGGCAUUGCCUUCUUUGAGCUCCUGGGCAUCAUUUUUGCUUGUUGUCUCAUGAAAGGAAUCCGCAGUGGCUAUGAGGUUAUGUAGCCACAUCUCAACUUAUCGCAUCUGGUUACUGCAACAGCAAUCACAGAAACCCUGGGAUAUUUCUGUCUCCUUUUCUGGGGGUGCAACUGACCAUUAUAUAUGCCUGUAGAACAGGCGCUGGGUGAAUGUCUCCUCUUCUGUUGCCUUUCUUGAACACGUAUGCCGCCCUCCCAAGGAUUCACAUGUUGCCUUAUCUCCCCCCCCCCCCAAAUCCCCUAAUGGGAUGUUUCCCUCAAAGUUCCUGUCUUCUCAUUCAACACUCCAUUCCUACUUCAAAAGUUGUAUUAGCUUUCAUGCUAUAUCACGAUCUAGUGGGCAUCUUGUGAUACACGACUGCUUUUGUAUUCCAGCAGAUUUUUUUAGUCCCUUUCAUAGGCCUGAGCGAGGGCCUUUGAACUUUUGCUUCUCCCAGAUUCAAUCUUCAAGACUUCUGGACUGCAGCAUUUUCCCUGACACCUCACCUAAUAAGUAGACUGCUAUAUACUUUAGGAUGCUCCUUUUUCCCCCCUUGGAAAGAGUCUGUUUAAUCAAGUGAGAAUAGUUGUUUUGGAAACCACAAUGGGAUGGAAAAUUGUGGGGAUUUUGUUUUUUAGCCAGUAAUUCACUAUUUGGAAAAUAAAGACAUUGUUUCUCCCAUG